CUGCUGCUGCUUCUGUCUACUACGGGACAUCUGUGAUUGGUCCAUCCCUCUCCUUUCCUCCCUCCCUCGCGCGUGAUUGUAUGUAAAUCCGGUCGGGACUGAGCCAGUAGGUGAGGGUUGGGGCUGGUGGCUCCUGCCUCGGUGGCGCACACGAGACCCGAGAGCGGCCGAGGUGAGAUCUCUCCUUCUUUACGGAGCUGUCCACUGCGCUGUGGUGCUGAACUCCGCGUCCUUCUUCUUUUUCUUCUUCCUCCUCCCCGUGCUCCUCUACCGGCUCUGCUGUGCGCGAAAGAUAUUCUGGGAAAGGAUUAACAACCUCCCCUUUGGCUGUUUAUAGCUGAAAACUUCCACGGAGGACAUCUCUUUGCUCUACACAUCGGAAAUUGCGCCGCACGCCAGCCGUGGGUUUGACUGGAGCUGCGAGAUUAUCAAUAGUUUGUUGAGAAGUGUUGCGUUCACCGCUAAUCUCGCUUGGAUUAUCCCCCUGGAUGGUUUACGUCUGGGCACACAGGAAAAGACCAAUGAAGACAGCCAGAUGGUGGUCUGCGGCAACUUUACUCCUGGGGCUCGCUGUGCUCGGUGCCGACGGGACGCCCAACAAGGAGGGAUUCAGGUCGCCGCCCUAUCGACCAGUCGUGAGAUUUCGACACAAGGAUGGCAUCCCUGAGAGCUUGAGGAUAAAAGGUUUUAUGGGACACACUGGCUUUCCAGGUCCAUGUGAACACAAGUAUUGUGGCUUGGGGCGUCACUGUGUGGUUGACCAUGAGACUGGCCAAGGAGAGUGCAAAUGCUUGGAUCACUGCAAACCACACUACAAACCAGUGUGUGGUUCAGAUGGGAAGUUGUAUCAGAACCACUGUGAGCUCCACCGGGCCUCCUGCCUCAGAGGACACAAGAUUACCAUCAUGCACAGCGAGGAGUGCUUCUACAAAGAUGAUAACUGCAGACUGAGCGACUACCGUCGGCUGAAAACCAAGAUUCUGGAUUUGCAUGACAAACGCUACAUGGGGUCUAAGAUCCACGGGGCCCACAAGGACAAUAUGGCUGCCAGGAAGCAACUGGUUGAUAUGAUGUUCAAACGCUUUGAUGCAGAUAACAACGGUCAAAUAGGUGCCAGUGAGCUCUCCCAGGUCAUCAAGCAAGAAGGUCUGUCCAAGGAUGUCUCUGAGUGCACACUGUUUGACCUGCUCAAGUACAACGAUGUAAAUGAUGACGAGCACCUAACAAAAGAGGAGUUUUAUACAGCUUUUGAUGUGUACCUGCUCAGCCUUCCAGAUGACCAAAAAGUGAGCGUCACCACGGUAACAGUGGGUCAGAGUGCUGUGAUGACAUGUGGCAUCACCGGGGAGCGGAGACCUCCUAUAUUGUGGAAGAGAAACCAUCAAUACCUGAACUCACUGAACCUGGAAGACAUCAAUAUCCCGUCCCAGGACUUUGGGGAUGACGGCUCACUUUACAUCACCAAGGUGACCACGACCCACAUGGGCAACUACACCUGCCAUGCUGAUGGAUACGCAAAACUUUUCCAGACUCACACUCUUCAAGUGAAUGUUCCUCCGGUCAUCCGAGUUUACCCAGAGAGCCAAGCCAGAGAGCCGGGUGUUACUGCCAGCCUGCGCUGCCAUGCUGAGGGCAUCCCCAGCCCCCAGCUGGCCUGGCUGAAAAACGGCAUGGACAUCACAACUAAGCUGUCCAAACAGCUCACCCUGCAAGCUAAUGGCAGUGAGGUGCACAUCAGCAACGUGCACUUUGAGGACACGGGCGCCUACACCUGCAUCGCCAAGAAUGAAGCUGGUGUGGACGAGGACAUCUCUUCGCUAUUUGUGGAGGACUCUGCACGUAAAACCUUGGCAAACAUUCUGUGGCGAGAAGAAGGUCUUGGCAUCGGCAACAUGUUCUAUGUGUUUUAUGAAGACGGUAUUAAAGUCAUUCAGCCCGUGGCAUGCGAGAUACAGCGACACAUUAAGCCCAGUGAGAAGCUGCUGGCCUUACAGGAGGAGGUGUGCCCUACCUCACCAGGAGAGGCGGUUCAGAGGUGUGUGUGGUCAUCGGCGGUCAACGUCAAGGACAAGUUUAUUUAUGUGACACAGCCGACCUUGGACCGAGUGCUCAUUGUCGACAUCCAGUCCCAGAAGGCCGUCCAGACGGUCAGCACAGACCCUUAUCCUGUGAAGCUUCACUAUGAUAAAUCUCACGACCAGGUGUGGCUGCUCAGCUGGGGAGACAUGGAGAAAAACUUCCCUACACUUCAGGUGAUCAAUCAGGCCAGUGGAAGAGUGUCCCACCACACCGUGCACACACAGCCCAUUGGCAGACGCUUCGACAGAGUGGACGACUUCUUCAUUCCCGCCUCCAGCCUCAUCAUUAACCACAUCAGAUUUGGCCUCAUCCUUCAUCGAAAUGAACCUGUUCUCCACAAGAUCGACCUGGAGACGACGUCAUAUGUGAAGAACAUCAGUUUAUGGGAGUAUAACUGCAUCCCCAAGUCUGUAGCCUACACUCAUCUAGGUGGCUACUACUUUGUUAACUGCAGGGCCGACUCCACCGGCGCCACACAGCCACAACUCAUCUUGGACAGUGUAACAGACAGUGUGAUCGGCCAGAACCGCGACGUCACUGGCACUCCUUACGUGUCUCCGGACGGCCACUACUUGGUAACAGUGGACGACAGUGACGGCCUAAUGAGGAUCCAGAAGAUCUCAGAGCGUGGAGAGAUUCUGGAGCCCUUCGACAUCCACACCAACCUCCACCUGUCUGAUCUGGCCUUCCAGCGCUCCUUCACUGAGGUCCAUCAGUACAACGUGUUUGGCAGCUCCGGCCGUCAAACUGACGCUCUGUUUGUGGAGCUGAGCUCUGGCAAAGUCAAGAUGAUCAAGAGCCUGAAAGAGGCCACCAGGUCGUUCGAGUGGCCAUGGAGCAGCAGGAACAGGGUGAUGGCGGGCAGCGGACUGUUCGGACAGUACCUCAUGACCCCAUCCAGAGAGUCUCUCUUCAUCCUGGACGGACGGCUCAACAAGCUCAACUGUGAGAUCACCGACGUCCUCAAAGGCAACGUAGUGGCGUGGGUGGGAGAGUCUUAGGAAACAAAACGGAAAGACCCAAUGAGCUUUGUUUUUCUCAAAGGUACUGUUGCACUGAAUUCCGUUGCAGGUUGUUUAAUUUUGUGAGGGUGCAAUUGUGAAUACUAACAAAUUUUUUAAGUCCAUUGAAUGAGGGACUAUCAUCCAAAAAAAGAAACAAGUGAAGGAGUAACUGAUUGUUGAUUGAUCGUCUUAAAGCCAAGUUCAAUGAUUUUUCCCACUGGUUGAUUCACGUUGAAGUCACCUAAAGUUGCUUGCUGGAUCUCUUUUCAGGAAAAUUGGUAUGAAUCUGUAAACAUGUGCAACUUUAAAUUAUUUUUCAAACAUGGUUAUUUUCAGUGUGUGGGAAUGCUGUAGAUAAUCUCUGAAUAAAACUAAUACUAGAAGUAAAUUGGCAAAAAUCAAUAUAUAUACUGUAUACUGUAAAUGUCCAGAUUGUAAUUAAAGUUAUCCAUCCCAAACUUUUUUCCUGUGCCUUCAAGGAAAAUUCCCCUCCAUCAGAGGAAUUAGCGUAAUUAUUCCCAGUGUGACUGCAGACUCCACCUUUUCCUUCAACCGUCCAUUCGUGUUGUGAGCCGUUCCUCACAAUCCUCCCGCUCUCUCGUCUUUCCAUCCGUUUAACGCAGACGGCUCAGUCUAAUUAAAACGAGCCCUUGCUGUGAUCCCAUCCUGUUUGAAGUGGAGACAGAAAGACUGAGCGGUUCAUUACAGUUGUGCGAUCUGUAACCUUUGAUCCAAAAUUAUAACCAGCGUUGGGAGGUUUUAAAAUAUAUAAAUAUAUAUAUAUUUUUUUUUUUCCUUUAUAGUCCAAAGCAGAAAGUCAGUGGUGAUGUUAGUUAAAGUGUACCAGCUUUUUUUCAGCACACAUUGUGAAAUCUUACAUAUUUAAAUUUUUCCAUAGGAAUGAGUCGAUAGAGCACUUGUGUGUGAAUAAAUUGUAUCUUUAUCCCUGGACCAAAAAAAGGAAUAAAAAAUAAAGUAGAAAAAUGAAGUAUGAGAGACAUGCUGAUCCGUUUGACAGCGUGGUUUUAAGUGGAUGUUUUAACUUAAACUAAUGAUGAGCUAGCUGCUGGGUCAUAUUGUGCAGAGGGUCUUUGAUUCUUAAGAAAACAGCUCUUUUUUGAUCGCUCCUGCAGUAGAAAUAGUCGGCGAGUUGAUGAAACUGUUCCCUAGCUGGACACAUUUCUAUGCAUUAUCACCCUGGCACUCUAUGACUCUGUGAAACCACAAUCGGCAACUGUAUCGCAAAUUUAGUACUGACUUUUAAUGUGUACAGAUUAUAUAAACUCACUCCAUCUUUCCUGUUCAAUCUUCCUCGUAUAUGGUUUGGUUUUUAUUUUAUUUGAUCUUCAUGUUUUUUUCACCACCUUUAAACCUGCCUGUACUGCUGAUGACGACCUCUUUCUUUCUAUUUAUGUUCUGUACAUAGCGGCUGACUGUGACUCUGUUAGUUUCCUAUCAAUGUACAGAAUCACGUGGGUUUCUGUCCAUCUUCUAGCAAAUAACCACGCUCCUUUUUAAGAAAUGAACACACACACAGCUAUCAUUAUCCACAUCCUGUGCACAAGCACAUUGUGAUCACAAACAACACUUUCACCUCCAUUAUAGCCAUGUCUUGUAUGUUCCCUCAUGUGAUUGUUAUUUAUAUAGAGAAAACACGCUUGUCAUUUUACCCAACA